UUCCUGCCAUUUGCUCCCUCCAUACAGUGUGAAAGUUGGCGCCAUGUCGAUGCUGGAUAGGCCACACGUCCUAACCGCCGCUGAGCUGGCCAACGUCACCGAUGGAGCCGACGCCGCCUCGCCACCCUACCUGUCGGGUGCCGUGGCGAGCGGGCGUUACGAGGUGAAGAUGCUAGGUUGGAACACCCCUCCGGAGUACAUGGAUUUCGUCAACCCUUACUGGAAGACGUUCGAGGCACCUAACCCCUUUCUUCACUACAUGCUCGGCGUCUUCUACAUCUUCUUCAUGUUCGCUGCUCUCUGUGGCAAUGGCGUUGUGCUAUGGGUCUUCACGUCAGCUAAGAGCCUCCGAACGCCCUCUAACAUGUUCGUGGUGAACCUCGCCCUCCUCGACUUCAUCAUGAUGCUCAAGACGCCCGUGUUUAUCAUCAACUCCUUCAACGAGGGACCUAUUUGGGGCAAGUUCGGCUGCGACAUCUUCGCUCUCAUGGGGUCGUACUCUGGGAUCUCAGGCGCCAUGACCAACGCAGCCAUCGCCUACGACAGAUAUAAGACAAUUGCAAAGCCGUUUGAACCCAAGAUUAAGUCCGGCACAGCGUUCCUGAUCGUGCUGGGAACUUGGGCCUAUGCUACUCCCUGGUGCAUGAUGCCUCUCUUCGGGAUCUGGGGGAGGUUCGUUCCAGAGGGAUUCCUAACGACCUGUUCCUUCGAUUACCUGACGGAGGACGAGAACACCCGCACCUUCGUGGCCGCUAUCUUCUUCUUCUCCUACAUCGUGCCCGGUUUCUUCAUCGUGUUCUUCUACAGCCAGAUCUUCAGCCAUGUCCGAGCUCAUGAGAAGGCGAUGAGGGCCCAGGCCAAGAAGAUGAACGUUGACAACCUACGAAGUGUUGGCAGCAAAGAAGACCAGGAGAAAUCCGCCGAGAUCCGCAUUGCCAAGGUCUGCAUGGGACUCUUUUUCAUGUUCCUCGUGUCGUGGACUCCGUAUGCUGUCGUAGCCCUCAUCGGCGCUUUCGGAAACCGGUCUGUUCUCACGCCCCUUGUAUCAAUGAUCCCAGCUCUAACCUGCAAAACCAUGGCUUGUAUCGACCCCUGGGUUUACGCCAUCAACCAUCCGAGAUACAGGUUGGAGUUGCAGAAGAGAUUGCCUUGGUUCUGCAUCCACGAAGAAAAGCCUCAGGACACCGUUUCCCAGGCCUCCAACAACACCGAAAAAGCUUAAAAAAGACAGAUGACGAUGUUCUUGCCGCGGUUGACAAAGCCACUUGCUUUCGCUUCGAACACGAUGAAAACUAUGACGAAAAUAAUAAUGAUGAUGAUAUUAAACCUCAGCUAAUGCAGACACGAACACACUAGAAAACAGAGAGAGUAUUGAUUCUUGUUCAAUGCUGUUAUUCGCUACCCUGACUGGGGAUAAUUUCGUAAAAUAAUAGAUCUUUAGUAUACACAAAAUGAACAAAGUACAUACAGUGUACAUUCACUUUGACUCUCUCCAGAAAAAAUACAAAACGAAGAGAAACAAAAGAGUGGCGUCUGUCGAAAGGUUUCAGAUGAUGGAUUUUCUCCUAUUUAGUUUCUUCCACGUCCACGUAUAGAGGGAACGGAGCUGCCCUAACACAUCCCCUCGCUACACACAGCCGUGUGAUGCAAAUCAUCUCAAAGCAGUAACGUCUUCGUUGCCACCACACCUCCACCUCCGUUUGGAAGGAGUGCGGGUCCGAGAGGGAUGAGGUGAAAGAGUGGGUCCGGGAGGGCUAGUCAUCCCCCUGGAGAAGGAUGGAUGUCCCGGUGCUCCUGCCGCUGUCACUGCCCCUGGAGGGGUAGGUCGGCCUGUGCGGAUCCCUCCUCCAAGCUCAUCUUCCUGCUGUA